AUGAAAUGCAGUACAGAUUUAAUAUAUGAACAAGUCGAACUAUCAACAGUUUCUAUAACACCAGCUAUUACUGUUGGUGAAGAAAUUGUUCCCUCGCAUUCUCAAGUGACUGCUUUGGUAGAAGACAACCUGGUUUUUGAAAUGAAUGUUGAUCGGCAUGAGUCAUUGAAUGUUUACGAUGUCGAACCUGCCGCAUUAGAUAAUGAUACCUGCAGCGAUAGUGAUUCGGCAUCUUUCACAGACCAGGAACUAGAUGCCAACAAAAUAUGGACCAAGAAUUUACAAAAAACGGAAAUUUCGUUUAGACUUGAAGGAUAUUGUAAAUUCACGGGGUGUGCCAUAACAUUCAAAAUAAUUAUUUCUGACGAAGAUCUUCUUGAUGCUCAUGUGCAAUUUUCUGGCAUAACUCGCAUACAUAAAUUGUCGGAAAUAAUGGCUAGACCGGUUAGGGCGAGUAAAAGAGGGGAAAUUGCUUCUUCGAUGAAAAAUAUUAGUCCUCACCAAAAACACCUAGACUGCAUUAAAGAGUUGUGCCCUGAACAUCCAAACGAAAUGGAAAGUCUGAGAUUAUUGAAGGAAGAUUUUGAAAAACAACACGAAAGCUAUGCAUGUCUGCAAUAUAUUUUCACUGAACCAUCCAGUGUCAUGCUCUGGUCCAAAGAAAGUUUAAAAAUUUUACGCCAACGAUGCAUCGAUGAUGUGGUGUACAUAGACGCAACAGGAAGUAUUGUAAAGAAAAGGAAACAUCCAUUUUAUAUCUAUGAAAUGGUUGUCAGAAGUUCGAUGAAAGGAGGAUCACCGUUUCCUGUCGCUACAUACCUGACAAACCUUCAUUCAACUGCCUCAAUUUUGUCAUUUUUAAACUUCCUGUACAGCGACUACUGUAAAUUGUUUGGGAAAAGUAGUAGGGUAAGCCCGCGAUAUUUUAUUUGUGAUGGGUCCAUCGUCUUGCUGCAAGCAUUGGCUCGGACAUUCUGCUACGAGCUACUGGAAUCAGUUAUGGAAAGAUACUACAGGAUAGUGGUUGGUCACGGAAACACUAAGGACUUCCAAAAACCAAUCAUACACAGAAGUCUGAGCCACAUUAUGAAGAACGCAAAGGUAUUAUUUUUAAAGAACAUUCCAAAAAAUUUUACCUUUGCGAUGUACCUCAUCGGACGAGUGGCUAAUGUCACAAUAAUUAACGAACUGAACAGUAUCUUAAUAUCAAUGGAAGGAGUUUUUGGGAGUGAGUUUGAAGGACCACAGGUGACACAAUAUCUGCUUCAACUCCAACAAGCCAUAAAGGAUAACGAAUUUGAUUUAGAGGAAAACGGAGCAACAACAACUACAGAAUUGGCGGAAACAUCUGGAAGUUUGGAAAAAAGGAAACAGAGGAAAAAGGGAAUUUAUGUCUCUAACCCAAAAAAACCCUUAAUUUUAAUUAAAGACAAGAUUCAGGAAAACCAGUCACUUGUCACUAAACCAGUUACUCAUAUACAGCAACAACCAAUAAUUUUAAAUUCAUUUUGGUCAGAUCUACAAGGCACUAGUUGGCUUUCAUCAGAUCACAUCAAACUCGCCAUGUUUAUUUUAAGUUUACAAUACCCCCACAUUGAUGGGCUAUCUGACACUGACUUUCUCACACAUAUAGGGUUAAACAGCAACUUACCCACGCCACAUGGAAAAUUUAUACAAAUAUUAAACAAAGGGGGAAACCAUUGGAUUACCAGGAGAACAUUACCAACAGAGAGUAAGCCAAAAAACAUAGAGAUAAAUCUGUACUGCACCUGCCGUUUGAACCACAUUCCUCAAAAGACCGGUGUUAAGGAGAACAUGAUCACUUGUGAUCGAUGUGGAGAAUGUGAUUUGGAAGAAGUAAGAGAAGAAGGCAGACAGUUCCAGAUAAGAGGGCCGGAAAAGACAAAAGCAGACUUGGCAAAAGAAUGUCAAACAGAAAAGACAAAGAAAUUAUUAGAAAAAGAGGACUGGAGAUCAGCUCACAUUGGUUUUAUUCCGUAA